GAAUAAUAAUGCACAUCAUCUACCUCACUGACACUUAUUCCCACCAUCUCAUGGAAUCAAGUCAUGGUUCUAGAUUUCUAAUACACAUCGAAUUCAGGAUUAUUGAGUAAGGAAUCGGAUUAUAUUGUUCGAAAUCCACAGUUAUUAGCGCUAUUGUGCGUAUUUGAUGGUGUUAAAUGUAAGACCACGCAAAAAAGACAACCCUCCUUGAAGUUUCACUAGUUAUUAGAAUGGUGUCCCAACCCUGAUGGACAUUACUUGCAUUCAACUUUCAUCAUGCAUUGCCACAUCGUCAUGAAAGAAUGGUUCAUAAAAUUGUAUUGAAAGUGUAUCUCGGCCUUAAUAAAUAUGUGUACACAAACGUUUAUACUCGUUUGAUUUACUCUAAAACACUUGGUAAGCAUUAAAUGAAAGCGUGAUACAAUUACCCGAGCUUAUCCAACCAUCACAAAUUGCUUGCAUUUGAUCCAAUAAUCCCAAACACCCAUGAACAGAUUUUCACAUAGCUUCACAUACUCAAUUGCGCAGACACACCAGCCAAAAGUAUGGCCCCACAGUACCAAGCCCCAGAAAACAAAAGUGUUGUUUGCUCACUGCUCUUUCUUCCCCCAUUUCCUUCCCACUCUUCCUUUCUCUCUUUCCCUUCAUCCAUUCCCAUCCCCAUAAUCUCAAUAUCUCCAACCAAAACACAAGAAAUCAUCAAUUCAUCAUUUCCCAAAAUGUCCCGCCUUCCCCAUCCUCCAUUGAUCCCCUCUCAAUUCCUCCUCCUCCUCCUAACCUUCUUCCCCAUCCUCCUCUCGGGUCUUCCCUUACCCGACCCGGAACCCAUCCAGCCCUUCCACCCGACCCAGUCCCCGCCCUCCACCAUCCCGGCCUUCCCGGAGCAAUCCACCUACCAAGCCUGCCCUCUCGACCUCCCCGCCCCACUUUUCCACGGCGUCAAAUCCGCUUGCUCCACCUCCCAAAUCAGCUCUGUUUCCCAGCAGCAGCUCCACAAGGCCCGCUGCUGCCCCGUCCUCGCCGCAUGGCUCUACUCCGCCUACUCCACCACCGCCCUCGGUCACCCGGCCGCAGUGGCCGCCGCCAACCGCACCAGCGGCCGCCAGUACGACAUGCCGUUGCUCCCUGACGACUCGGAGACCUGCGUGGAUGCCCUGGAGAAAGGGCUGAGGGAGAAAGGAAUCCAGCUCCCCCGCGUCAACGAGUCCUGCGAUGCCGUCUACUGCUACUGCGGGAUUCGGCUCCACCCUUUGAGCUGCCCCGAGGCGUUCUCGCUCGACGCCGGAGGGAAGCUCGUCGGUGACCGGCGCGUGGGGCGGUUGGAGAGGGAUUGCUUGAGCAGCAGCAGCCGCAAUGUGAAUGGAGGACUCCACGGGCUGCGUGGCUGCAGCAAGUGCUUGACCACUCUCAAUUCCCUCAACAGCAAUAAAAAUAAUGAGGCUUGGAACGCAAGCAACAAAACAGAGGAAAGAAGCACCAAAAUGCGUAACAAGGACUGCCAGUUGAUGGGUCUCACAUGGCUCCUCGCCAAGAACCGGACGGCCUACAUCCACACCGUCUCUGCCGUCCUCCGAGCGAUAAUGGCGAACAACUACGACAGCGGAAAUGGCAUGGAUUCCCAGCCGCAUUCCUGCGCUCUUAAUCGCGACGGAAUGCCUCUGGCCGUCGAUUCGUCCGAAAUCGAGAACAGCUCCUGGUCAAUCACCCGUGAAAGAUGGAGCAUCUACGGGAUUAUCUCCGUUGUCGCACUUAUUUCCUUGUUGAAUUUGGUACUACUGCUGCCGUGAAUUUGAUUGUAGUUAAAGCCGUGUACUCUGGGGCAGUUGGAAAUUUAAAGUUGGUUGGCCGUGUGUGUUGUGUAAAUGGGGGAAGCUGCAGCAGCCAGCCAUGAGAAUGUUGCUUUGGCAGAGUGGGCGUUGCAGUGGAGAGCCAUGUGGGCAUUAAGUGGCGUGCUUUGUUUCUAGAGGAGACAGCCUUGUCGUAGAAGGUGGCCAUUGAUGGCCGCAAGCAACUUGCAGGCACUAGCAUUUGGUACAGCUGGUUGGGUUGGGUUGGGUUGGAUGGAACGGAAUUUUUGCCUUGCCUUCACGAGAUAUUUGCUCGUCAUUUAUGUGUGCCAAUUGUCCAUCUCGAUCCAACUAAGUACUGGGCUGGGUCGAUGGGUCCAGUGGGCCUUUCGGGUCAAUGUGAAUGUACGGCACAGGGGAACUUCAUCGAAGAUUUUGAGUAAAAGCAAUAGGAUGGG